AUGAUAUUAUCAUCUUCGAAAUGGCAUCUAAACGAACAAAAAAAAAUAUUGGAAGCUGCACAAGGAUGCAAUCUUGAUGACUCCUUAUCGAAUGGAAAUGUUUACGAUAAUCCUUUGAUCCAUGCAUUGAGUCCUGAUGUAGACGCACUUAGUCCUGAACAAAUUGUUGAUAUGAUCAACAACGCAACUGUUAUUUUUGAUUUGAAACAUAGUUCUGAUAAAAAUGUUGAGAAUAUUAUUGAAGAACCAAUUGCUGGAUCCAGUAAAAAGACAAGACUUGAUCAAACUUCUAUGUCUGAUACCGGGGAUAAUACAUUAGGAAGGAAUACAAAUAAUGGAGAAUCUGUUAGUAAUUAUUCUUCCGAAUCAGAAAAUUCUGAAUCUGAGUCCAGCACCGAGAAUAUAGGGUUUUCCAAUGAUACACUUGAGGAUGAAAUUGAAGGAGAAACAAUCGUACCACAAGAAGUUGUGAAGGAAAAGAGAACUAAAGGAGUGGCCAAGGGCAGAAUAGAUGGUCCUGUUGGAAAAGAAAAAAUGAAGAAACUCUGGGAACAAUUAGCUCAAGAAUUGAAUGCAUUAGGAAUGGACUUCACAUAUGCUGAAAGCCUUCUGCGUCAUGCUAGGAGUCAGGAUGAACAUCAAACUCCAGGAACAAGUAAUGAAGCGCCUGUUCAAAAAUCACUAGUUGAAGAAAAUUUAACUGUGGAGGUUGGUUCAAGGAAAUCCAUUGAAGUAACAACUCCUCUCGAACAUAUCUGGCAAUACAAUGAGGUAAUCACUCUUAUAAGGUCCAUGGAGUGCCACUAUGAAGAUCUAGCUCACCCUAAACGGCGCAGAUCAGUUUUUACUAAUGUGGUGAAUGAUUUAUUGAGCAGCGGAUUUGCUGUAGAUGAAAGCAUGUGUCAGGCAAAAUGGAAGAAUUUGGUGAGAAGUUACAAUACAGCCAAGGACCAAAAAACUCGCACUGGAAGGGGCCCUACUAGAUUUCAGUUCUUUGAAGAAUUGGACAAUUUGCUGGGUGAGAAACCUACUAAUAAAGCUAAACAUACAAUUGAAUCAUCUUCGAGUAAUCACAAUAAUACAGAAGAGGCAAAUUGUGUGGUGAACGUAGAUGAAGUGAAUUGUACUUUGGUAAUAGAGGAAGAUGAUUCUGAUAGGGAUAAAGCAAAGAAUGAUGAAAUUUAUACCGACAAAAAAAACCAAUGCAGAAAACAAAGAGAAGGAAAAAAAGCGCGAGGAUGGAAAGCACACUUGCAAGGCGAAACAGCAACUCAGCUAAUAGGACAACCAACAGCACCAGAACAAAGAGUAGCACCUUCUACGAAUGGAAGUAACGAAGAUCCAGAAGAAAUUGGAGAACCUGAAGUGAACAAUUUUGAACAGAAUUUACUAAAGGCAGUGAAACCUGUCACAUCUGUAAACCUAUCCAGAAAGAGACCCGUUUCUGGGGCUGAAAUAAUAACGAAUAACGAUCUAUCAACAUCUACUAUCACCAGUCCUACAAUGAUACCAACAACAUCGCAGAAUAAAGAAAGUAUAAAUGAUAUUCCGGAUGCUCUGAUUAUUGAGGCCGUGACACCAUCUCAUAGACAGACAAAUGAAAGCAUCGAUUACUUGUUAUUGAAUUCUGUCGAACAGAGUCCUUCUUCUCAACCAAUUAAGAGAAAACGUUUGAUCAAAGGAGGUGAAACUAUCGUAGGUCCUACAACCAGUCCAUGUGACGAUGCACAACCCUCAACCAGUAAUGUUACCCCAUCGAAACUUCUUUAA